AUGGUCAUCAAUGUAAAGGAUGAGGUGUUGUGUGUGAUGGGUAGAGGUAAAGAGAAGUCUAUGUGAGCAGAGCAGGUUCAGCGUCUCGCAAAGUUAACCAGGCAUGCUUAUAGGCCACAUUCUCCAGGCCAGAGCCAUAGUUAUUAAGUGCUAGGAAGCCCAGAAAAGCACGUUUCCACCUCUCUGAAUGCAUAUUUUUUACACUGCCGAAAUUGCAGGGCACAGGUUCACCAAUUCUUUUAAAAGCCCAGCUUUUUAACUAUUUAUGAGAUGAGAACUUUUCCUGGGUCAACACUGUGUUAUCUCGGCCCUCAUUGUGCAGAAUAUUCCAGUCACACAAUGUGCUGCUGCAGACAGUAACACUUCAUGCAACCUAGAGCACAUUGUUUCCGCCUGCAGCCAAGUGUGCAUGUGUCCAUGUGUAUCCAUGUGUAUGGACAGUAUAUGAGUGGAGGAUGGGGGUGAGGUGCAAGUGUUGGCUGCAUCUGAUCAUUUUGUACCCUGACAGAAUCUCUAGAAUAGAUGAUAAUUGGUGUGUUCCCAUUAACUAUAGCUACCCUCAGUCACCUCCUCAUGGUCGGAAUAAUGGCACCGGAGGGGAUGGCUGCCGAUUUACGGGCUCCUAACCAACUGUGCUAUUUAGUUUUUUUGCAUUGUUUUAACUCAUUUUGUAUAUAAUGUUGCUGCUACCGUCUCUUAUGACCGAAAAGAGCUUCUGGACAUCAGAACAGCGAUUACUCACCUCGAACUGAAAGAAGAUUCUUUCUUUAAUGAGUCCAACGCAAAGACAAGGCCAAAAUCCCUGUCAUCAGCGUGACGAAAAGACGGAGGAAAAGGGGGAGGAGGCCUUGUAAGAAUUUGCCCACGAGUAGGUAAACUACCACUACCCUCCGUAUUAUUGGCCAACGUGCAAUCAUUGGAAAACAAACUGGACGAUCUAUGAUUAAGACUAUCCUACCAACGUGUCAACGUCUGGGUGAAGUGGUGAAAUGGAAUCAAGCGCAGGACACAGAACUGAGAAAUGAAUGGAUUUACUAAAACAAAAGUAAACCAUACAAACCCUCCACGCAGGGAAGAGCAGAACAACAGCUCACCAGACAACGUAAAACAACGGACAAUCACGCACAGACCCAGGAGAGAAAACAAAGAUAAUUAUAGGGAAACAAAUAAGCAUAAUGGGUAACAGGUGUGAAUAAUAAAGACAAGACUAGUGUAACACAGAAACAUCGAUCGGUGGCAGCUAGUACUCCGGUGACGACGAACGCCGAAGCCUGCCCGAGCAAGGAGGAGGGGCAGCCUCGGCUGUAUUAGUGACAGUACCCCCCCCACCCCCCGACGCGCGGCUCCAGCCGUGCGUCGACACCGGCCUCGGGGACCGCCAGGAGGACGCGGAGCAGGGAGAGUCGGAUGACGACGAUGGAAAUCCCUUAACAAGGAGGGGUCGAGGAUGUCCCUCCUGGGAACCCAGCUCCGUUCCUCCGGACCGUACCCCUCGCACUCCACGAGAUACUGCAGGCCUCCCACCCGACGCCUCAAAUCCAGAAUGGAACGGACCGAGUACGCCGGUGCCCCCUCGAUGUCCAAUGGGGGCAGAGGAACCUCCCGCACCUCAGACUCCUGGAGCGGACCAGCUACCACCGGCCUGAGGAGAGACACAUGGAACGAGGGGUUAAUACGAUAAUCAGGGGGGAGUUGUAACCUAUAACAAACCUUGUUCAACCUCCUCAGGACUUUAAAGGGCCCAACAAACCGCCGACCCAGCUUCCGGCAGGGCAGGCGAAGGGGCAGGUUUCGGGUCAAGAGCCAGACCCGGUCCCCCGGUGCAUACACCGGAGCCUCACUGCGGUGGCGGUCGGCACUCGCCUUCUGUCUCCUGAUAGCCCUUUGCAGGCGUACAUGGGCAGCGUUCCAUGUCUCCUCCGAGCGCCGAAACCAUUCAUCCACCGCAGGUGCCUCGAUCUGGUUCUGAUGCCAUGGUGCCAGGACCGGCUCGUAACCUAGUACACACUGAAAGGGAGACAGGUCAGUGGAGGAGUGGCGGAGGGAAUUUUAUGCCAUCUCUGCCCAGGGGAUGUAAACUGACCAAUCCCCCUGGCGCUCCUGGCAAUAUGACCUCAGAAAUCUACCCACAUCCUGGUUUACUCUCUCCACCUGCCCAUUACUCUCGGGGUGAAAACCUGACGUCAGGCUGACCGAGACCCCCAGAUGGUCCAUGAACGCUUUCCAGACCCUUGAUGUAAACUGGGGACCCCGAUCAGACACUAUCUUCAGGUACCCUGUAGUGCCGGAAGAUGUGUGUAAACAGGGCCUCCGCGGUCUGUAGGGCAGUAGGGAGACCGGGAAAGGAAUGAGACGACAGGACUUAAAAAACGGAGGAAGAUCCGUAACAAAGUCCACCGAUAGGGCAGGUGUCUAGGUGACUUGCACUGGGCGCACACCGAACAGGAAGAAACAUAAACCCUCACGUCCUGAGCUAAGGUAGGCCACCAGUCCUUCCCACUAAGACAGCGCACUGUCCGACCGAUGUCAGGAUAGCCAGAAGAGGGUGACGUGUGAGCCCAAUAGAUCAAAAGACAGAGUGUAUGCCUUAGCAUUCUGGGAACCUGGUCUGUACAAUAGACACGUGAACACAAAACACGUGAAAAACAUGGCCCACCUUGCCUGAUGAGGGUUCAGUCUCCUCGCUGCCCGUAUGUACUCCAGAUUGCGGUGGUCAGUCAAAAUGAGAAAAGGGUGUUUUGCCCCCUCAAGCUAAUGUCUCCACACCUUAAGAUCUUUCACUACAGCUAACAGCUCCCGGUCCCCCACAUCAUAGUUUUGCUCUGCCGGGCUGAGCUUCUUCGAAAAUAAAGCACAGGGGCGGAGUUUGGGAGGCGUACCCAAGCGCUGAGACAGUACAGCUCCUAUCACAGCCUCGGACGUGUCCACCUCGACCGUGAAUUGCAAGGAAGGAUCCGGAUGAGCCAGCAUGGGAGCCGAGGUGAACAGCGCCUUCAACUGACCAAAAGCCCUGUCCGCCUCAGCUGACCACUGCAGGCGCACCGGUCUGCCCUUCAGCAAAGAGGUUAUGGGAGCUGCUACCUGGCCAAAGCCCCGGAUAAAUCUCCGGUAGUAGUUGGAAAACCCCAAAAAUCGCUGCACCUCCUUUACCGUGGUAGGAGUCGGCCAAUUACACACGGCUGAAAUGUGGUCAGACUCCAUCUCGACCCCUGACUCUGACAGGCGGUAUCCUAAGAAAGAAACGGUCUGUUUGAAGAACAGACAUUUCUCAGCCUUAACGUACAGGUCAUGCUCCAACAGUCUACCAAGCACCUUGCGCACCAGGGACACAUGUUCGUUGCGUGUAGCGGAGUAGAUGAGAAUAUAAUCUAUAUACACCACUACACCCUGUCCGUGUAGAUCCCUAAAAAUCUCAUCGACAAAGGAUUGAAAGACUGAGGGAGCAUUCAUCAACCCGUACGGCAUGACGAGGUACUCAUAGUGACCAGAGGUGGUACUAAAUGCCGUCUUCCACUCGUCCCCUUCCCGGAUACGGACCAGAUUGUACGCGCUCCUGAGGUCCAAUUUUGUGAAGAAGCACGCCCCGUGCAAUGACUCCGUCAUACUAGCUAUGAGAGGUAGAGGAUAGCUGUAUUUUACGGUUAUCUGAUUUAGACCUUGAUAGUCAAUGCACGGGUGUAAACCUCCAUCCUUCUUCUUCACAAAAAAGAAACUUGAGGAGGCAGGGGAAGUGGAGGGCCGAAUGUAUCCCUGUCCCAGAGAUUCGGUGACAUAUGUCUCCAUAGCCACCGUCUCCUCCUGUGACAGAGGAUACACGUGACUCCUGGGAAGUGCAGCGCCCUCCCGGAGAUCUAUCGCACAAUCCCCUCGUCGAUUCCAAAUCGGCAUAUUCUGAGGGAAUGUGCAUUGUGGAGACAUGGUUUGGACUCUCCACCGUAGUUGCCCCUACGGAAACACCUACACACUUUCCCGAGCACUGAGGUGACCAUCCCUUAAGAGCCCUCUGUUGCCACGAAAUCCUGGGGUCAUGGGUGGCUAGCCAGGGAAGCCCCAGCACCACGGGAAAUGCAGGAGAAUCGAUAAGGAAGAGACUAAUUCUCUCCUCAUGACCCCCCUGCGUCUCCAUCCGGAGUGGAACUGUGACCUCCCUAACCAUACCCGACCCUAAAGGGUGACUAUCUAGGGCACGUAUGGGGAAGGGCACAUCUACAGGCAAUAUAGGAAUCCCUAAUUUAUGCGCAACCAGCCUAUCCAUAAAAUUCCCAGCUGCGCCGGAAUCUACGAGCACCUUAUGCUGGGAAUGUGGGGAAAACCCAGGGAAAUGUACAUUGACCAUCAUUUAGAGCGUCUGCUAAAUGACUAAAAUGUAAAUGUAAAUGUAAAUGUGAGCAACAGGGAGCUCUGGGUGAGUUGGGUGCAUACUCACCUGGGAUGGUCCACCAGGGCCCUGCCUGCUGCCUCGAUUCCAUCAGGGUCCUCUCCUGCACCGGCCCGCAGUGUGUCCUCUGCGGCCACAGUUGGUGCAGGAGACCACCCCCUUGCCGGGUCUCUCCACAUCAGCACCUCCAAGCUCCAUAGGAGUGGAGUCGGAAGUGCUGGGGGAUGGACUGGACGGACCCUGAUCUGGACGUCCGCGGGUGGCCAACAGGUUAUCCAGCCGGAUCGAUAAAUCUACCAGCUGGUCCAGGUUUCGUGUCCCUGCAGGCCAGCUCCCUACGAACGUCCUCCCGUAGACUGCAUCGGUAGUGGUCAAUCAGGGCUCUCUCUUUCCAUCCCGCGCUGGCUGCCAGUGUCCUGAAAUCCAGGGCGAAGUCCUGUGCGCUCCUCCUUCCCUGUCUGAGGUGAAACAGACGCUCCCCCGCCGCUCUCCCCUCCGGCGGAUGAUCAAAUACUGCCUGGAAAUGGCGGGUAAAAUCCAGUGUAACGUACGGAUUCAGCGUCUAUUCCACCCCACUCCGCGUUGGCCCAUUCCAGCGCUCUGCCCGACAGACAGGAGAUGAGGGCGGACAAGCUCUCGUAUCCCGAGGGAGCCGGGUGGAUGGUUGCCAGGUAGAGCUCCACCUGGAGCAGGAAACCCUUACACCCGGCAGCUGUCCCAUCAUAUUCCCUCGGGAGCGAGAGCCGAAUUCCACUGGAUCCAGGAUUUGAUGGUCUUGAUGGGGGAGAAAUCGGAGGAGGAGGAAGUGUAGGAAACCCACCUCUCUCCCAUCGAUCCAUGGUGUUCACCACUCGAUCCAUAGCCGAACAUAGAGUCUACAGCAUGGUUGAGUGCUGCUGGAUGCGUUCCUCUACCGAGGCGCUGGGAUCGAACGUGCCUGCUGACUCCAUAGAUGGUGCGUGAUUCUGUCAACGUCUGGGUGAAGUGGUGAAACGGAAACAGGCACAGGACACAGAACUGAGAAAUGAAUGGAUUUACUAAAACAAAAGUAAACCAUAACAAACUGUCACGAUUGUUUAUGGAAGAUACGGACCAAGGCGCAGCGUGAUAAGCGUACAUUUUAUUACGUACUUAACACGACACAAAACAACAAACAAACGAUACGUGAAGUCCUAGGUUACACAAAACAAACCUUAACGGAACAAGAUCCCACACCGACUAGUGCCAAACAGGCUGCCUAAGUAUGGUCCCCAAUCAGAGACAACGAGAUACAGCUGCCUCUGAUUGGGAACCACCCUGGCCAACAUAGAUCUACAUGAUCUAGAAAACACAACAUAGAAAAUAUGAUCUAGAAACUCCACACCCUGGCUCAACAUUUAAGAGUCCCCAGAGCCAGGGCGUGACACAAACCCUCCACGCAGGGAAGAGCAGAACAACAGCUCACCAAACUAUGUAAAACAACGGACAAUCACGCACAGACCCAGGAGGGAAAACAGAGGUAAUUAUAGGGAAACAAAUAAACAUAAUGGAUAAUAGGUGUGAAUAAUAAAGACAAGACUAGUGUAACACAGAAACAUCGAUCGGUGGCAGCUAGUACUCCGGUGACGACGAACGCCGAAGCCUGCCCGAGCAAGGAGGAGGGGCAGCCUCGGCUGUAUUCGUGACACAACGGGACAUUAAAAACGGUAAUAUCUUAUGUUUCACGUGGCUGAACGACGACACAUGAUAAUAUAGAGCUGGCUGGCUUCUCCGUGCAUCGGCAGGACAGAGCAGCUACAUCUGGUAAGACGAGGGGCGGGGGUGUGUGUCUAUUUGUCAAUAACUGCUGGUGCGCAAUGUCUAAUAUUAAAGAAGUCUCGAGGUAUUGCUCGCCUGAUGUAGAAUAUCUCAUGAUAAGCUGUAGACCACACUAUCUACCAAGAGAGUUCUCAUCUAUAUUAUUCGUAGCCGUCUAUUUACCACCACAAACCGAUGUUGGCACCAAGACCGCACUCAACGAGCUGUAUAAGGUCAUAAGCAAACAAGAAAAUGCUCAUCCAGAAGCGGCGUCCUAGUGGCCGGGAACUUUAAUGCAGGUAAACUAAAAUCAGUUUUUUCCUCAUUUCUACCAGCAUGUCACAUGUGCAACCAGAGGGGAAAAAACUCUAGAACACCUUUACUCCACACACAGAGACGCAUACAUAGCUCUCCCUCGCCAUCCAUUUGGCAAUCUGACCAUAAUUCUAUCCUCCUGAUUCCUGCUUACAAGCAAAAACUAAAGCAGGAAGUACCAGUGACUCGCUCAAUACGGAAGUGGUUAGAUGACGCGGAUGCUACGCUACAGGACUGUUUUGCUAGAACAGACUGGAAUAUGUUCCGGGAUUCAUCCAAUGGCAUUGAGGAGUAUACCACCUCAGUCACCGGCUUCAUCAAUAAGUGCAUUGACAACGUCGUCCCCACAGUGACCGUACGUACAUUUCCCAACCAGAAGCCAUGGAUUACAGACAACAUCCGCACCGAGCUAAAGGCUAGAGCUGCCGCUUUCAAGGAGCGGGACACUAAUCCAGACGCUUAUAAGAAAUCCCGCUAUGCCCUCAGACGAACCAUUAAACAGGCAAAGCAUCAAUACAGGACUAAGAUUGAAUCCUACUACACCGACUCUGACGCUCGUCGGAUGUGGCAGGGCUUGAAAACUAUUACUGACUACAAAGGGAAAACCAGUCGCAAGCUGUCCAGUGACGCGAGCCUACCAGACGAGCUAAAUGCCUUUUAUGCUUGCGUCGAGGCAAGCAACACUGAAGCAUGCAGGAGCGCACCAGCUGUUCCAGACAACUGUGUGAUCACGCUCUCUGUAGCCGAUGUGAGCAAGACCUUUAAACAGGUCAGCAUUCACAAAGCCGUGGGGCCAGACGGAUUACCAGGACGUGUACUCAAAGCAUGUGCGGACCAACUGGCAAGUGUCUUCACUGACAUUUCAACUUCUCCCUGACCGAGUCUGUAAUACCUACAUGUUUCAACCAGACCACCAUAGUCCCUGUGCCCAAGAAAUCGAAGGUAACCUGCCAAAUAACUACCGUCCCGUAUUACUCACAUCGGUAGCCAUGAAGUGCUUUGAAAGGCUGUCCUUGGCUCACAUCAACACCAUCAUGCCGGAAACCCUAGACCCACUCCAAUUCGCAUACCACUCCAACAGAUCCACAGAUGAUGCAAUCUCAAUCGCACUCCACACUGCCCUUUCCCACCUGGACAAAAGGAAUACCUAUGUGAGAACGUUCAACACCAUAGUUCCCACAAAGCUCAUCACUAACUAAGGACCUUGGGACUAAACACCUCCCUCUGCAACUGGAUCCCGGACUUCCUGACGGGCCGCCCCCCAGGUGGUAAGGGUAGGCAACAACACAUCUGGCACACUGAUCCUCAACACUGGGGCCCCUCAGGGGUGGGUGCUUAGUCCCCUCCUGUACUCCCUGUUCACCCAUGACUGCGUGGCCAAGCACGACUCCAACACCAUCAUUACGUUUGCUGAUGACACAACAGUGGUAGGCCUGAUCACCGACAACGAUGAGACAGCCUAUAGGGAGGAGGUCAGAGAUCUGGCAGUGUGGUGCCAGGACAACAACCUCUCCCUCAAUGUGCGCAAGACAAAGGAGCUGAUCGUGGACUAUAGGAAAAGGAGGGCUGAACAGGCCCCCAUUAACAUUGACGGGACUGAAGUGGAGCUGGUUGAGAGUUUCAAGUUCCUUGGUUUCCACCAACGAUCUGUCAUGGUCCAAACACACCAAGACAACACCUUUUCCCCCACAGGAGACUGAAAUGAUUUGGCAUGGGUCCCCAGAUCCUCAAAAGUUCUACAGCUGCACCAUCGAGAGCAUCCUGACUGGUUGCAUCACCGCCUUGUAUGGCAACUGCUCGGCAUCUGACGUAAGGCGCUACAGAGGGUAGUGCGUAUGGCCCAGUACAUCACUGGUGCCAAGCUUCUUGACAUCCAGGAUCUAUAUACUAGGCAGAGGAAGGGCCAUAAAAUUGUAAAAGACUCCAGUCACCCAAGUCAUAGACUGUUCUCUCUGUUACCGCAUCACAAGCGGUACCGGAGCGCCAAGUCUAGGACCAAAAGGCUACUUAACAGCUUCUACCCCCAAGCCAUAAGAAUGCUGAACAAUUAAUCAAAUGGCCACCCGGACUAUUUACAUAAAAGACACCUGUCCACAGAAGCAAUCAAUCAAUCAGAUUCCAAACUCUCCACCAUGGCCAAGACCAAAGAGCUCUCCAAGGAUGUCAGGGACAAGAUUGUAGACCUACACAAGGCUGGAAUGGGCUACAAGACCAUCGCUAAGCAGCUUGGUGAGAAGGUGACAACAGUUGGUGCGAUUAUUCGCAAAUGGAAGAAACACAAAAUAACUGUCAAUCUCCCUCGGCCUGGGGCUCCAUGCAAGAUCUCACCUCGUGGAGUUGCAAUGAUCAUGAGAACGGUGAGGAAUCAGCCCAGAACUACACGGGAGGAUCUUGUUAAUGAUCUCAAGGCAGCUGGGACCAUAGUCACCAAGAAACAAUUGGUAACACACUACGCCGUGAAGGACUGAACUCCUGCAGCGCCCGCAAGGUCCCCCUGCUCAAGAAGGCACAUAUACAGGCCUGUCUGAAGUUUGCCAAUGAACAUCUGAAUGAUUCAGAGGAGAACUGGGCGAAAGUGUUGUGGUCAGAUGAGACCAAAAUCGAGCUCUUUGGCAUCAACUCAACUCGCUGUGUUUGGAGAAGGAGGAAUGCUGCCUAUGACCCCAAGAACCCCAUCCCCACUGUCAAACAUGGAGGUGUAAACAUUAUGCUUUGGGGGUGUUUUUCUGCUAAGGGGACAGGACAACUUCACCGCAUCAAAAGGACGAUGGAUGGGGCCAUGUACCGUCAAAUUUUGGGUGAGAACCUAGGUAUUCCAGCAUGACAAUGACCCAAAACACACGGCCAAGGCAACAAAGGAGUGGCUCAAGAAGAGCACAUUAAGGUCCUGGAGUGGCCUAGCCUUAAUCCCAUAGAAAAUCUGUGGAGGGAGCUGAAGGUUUGAGUUGCCAAACGUCAGGCUCGAAACCUUAAUGACUUGGAGAAGAUCUGCAAAGAGGAGUGGGACAAAAUCCCUCCUGAGAUGUGUGCAAACCUUGUGGCCAACUACAAGAAAUGUCUGACCUCUGUGAUUGCCAACAAGGGUUUUGCCACCAAGUACUAAGUCAUGUUUUGCAGAGGGGUCAAAUACUUAUUUCCCUCAUUAAAAUGCAAAUCAAUUUAUAACAUUUUUGACAUGCGUUUUUCUGGAUUUGUUUGUUGUUCUUCUGUCUCUCACUGUUCAAAUAAACCUACCAUUAAAAUUAUAGACUGAUCAUAAUAAUAAUAAUGAUAUGCCAUUUAGCAGACGCUUUUAUCCAAAGCGACUUACAGUCAUGCGUGCAUACAUUUUUCAUGUCUUUGUCAGUGGGCAAACGUACAAAAUCAGCAGGGGAUCAAAUACUUUUUUCCCUCACUGUACAUACACAGCAGUUAGGACAGCUUUUCCCAAACUAGGGUCGCGAGAGAAACUCUGAAAUAAACAUAAAAAAUUGUGCUUGGUUCAUAGAUCUGGGUUUACAUCAGUAGCCUCCAGUAGCCACUAAAUACGGUUGUAAUUAACAGAGUGGUUUCAGUUUUCUUCCUACAAAUGUGGCUCUAUCUUUUGAAUGGUUUAAGCUACAAAAUAUUAUGACAUCACUGAAAGACUGAAAACUGUUUCCCUGUACCUGCCCACAAGCUGCACAGGACUCAUUAGAACAGAGUAGACAAGACCAGGCCCUGAUCUUCUGAACUUCCCAAUACCUUUCUGAUGCAUUUCAUUUACUUCAAGCCAUAAUUCCUUCAGAUUUAAAUACUGUCAAAAGUACCGGCAGACUGAUUUGUAAUAGACUGUCAUAGCCCCAAAAUAGUAAAAAAGUAUACAUUGGCUGUUGAUUACAUCACUUUUUUUACAUGGUGUGGUCACAAAACAUUUUUGAUAUCAAAAUGGGUCGCGGGCCAAAAAGGUUUGGGAAUACCUGAGUUUGGAUCACAUAGUAACUGAAUACUUUAACAGUUUAUGCUCAACACUUAACAACACUGUGUUGAGCAUAAACUGUUAAAGUCCUCUGUAGCUCAGCUGGUAGAGCACGGCGCUUCUAACGCCAAGGUAGUGGGUUCGAUCCCCGGGACCACCCAUACACAAAAAAAUUAAAUAAAAUGUAUGCACGCAUGACUGUAAGUCGCUUUGGAUAAAAGUGUCUGCUAAAUGGUAUAUUAUUAUUUUAUCCAAUGACAAUAGGACAGGCAUUUAUACUGAACAAAAAUAUAAACACAACAUGCAACAAUUUCAAAGAUUUUAUUGAGUUACAGUUCAUAUAAGAAAAUAAGUCAAUUGAAAUAAAUAAAUUAGGCCCUAAUCUAUGGAUUUCACAUGACUGGGAAUACAGAUAUGCAUCUGUUGGUCACAAAUACCUUUAAAAAAAAGUUGGGGCGGGGAUCAGAAAACUAGUCAGUAUCGGGUGUGACCACCAUUUGCAGGGCAACACAUCUCCUUUGCAUAGAGUUGAUCAGGCUGUUGAUUGUGGCCUGUGGAAUAUUGUCCCACAACUCUUAAAUGGCUUUGUGAAGUUGCUGGAUAUUGAUGGGGACUGGAACACGCUGUCGUACACGUCGAUCCAGAGCAUCCCAAACAUGCUCAAUGGGUGACAUGUCUGGUAUGCAGGCCAUGAAAGAACUGGGAAAUGUUCAGCUUCCAGGAAUUGUGUACAGAUCCUUGCAACAUGGGGCCCACCGCCACAAUGGGGCAGUCUGUUCGCCCACACGACGCCAUACAAGUGGUCUGCGGUUGUGAGGCCGGUUGGACGUACUGCCAAAUUCUCUGAAAUGACUUUGGAGGUGGCUUAUGGUAGAGAAAUGAACAUUCAAUUCUCUGGCAACAGCUCUGGUGGACAUUUCUGCAGUCAGCAUGCCAAUUGCACGCUCCCUCAAACUUGAGACAUCUGUGGCAUUGUGUUGUGUGACAAAACUGCACAUUUUAGAGUGGCAUUUUAUUGUCCCCAGCACAAGGUUCACCUGUGUAAUGAUCAUGCUGUUUAAUCAGCUUCUUGAUAUGCCACACCUGUCAGGUGGAUGGAUUAUUUUGCGAAAGGAGAAAUGCUCAAUAACAGGGAUGUGAACAAAUUUGUGCACAAAAUUUGAGAUAAAUAAGCUUUUUCUGCAUAUGGAAAAUAUUUUAUUUCGGCGCAUGAAACAUGGGACCAACACUUUACAUGUUGCGUUUAUAUUUUUGUUCAGUAUAAACGGCACACAUUUAAACGGCACACAGGCAUUUAAACGGCACACAGUGCAGUACUCUUUCUAGGAAAACUGUUAAGGGCCUGUAUGAAAAAUUUAUACACUCACUAACUGUAAGUCGCUCUGGAUAAAAUGUAAAAAUGUAAAGAAGUGAGAGAGCAUUUCCAUCCAAGCAUGUGUGCCAGGGAAAGUUGGUGAAGUGUGUGUGUUAGUGAGUGUCUGUUAGUGUGUGUGUGUGUGCGUGUGCAUGUGCGUUUGUACGUGUGUGUGUGUGCGCACGUGCAUGUGCACGUGAUAGGCGGAGCUCCUGUGUGAGCUCUUGUGAAGUGAAAGGUUAAAUGGAGUGUAUUGCUGCAUCUUACUCCCUGUUGGGAAGCAGCAUACUGUAUGUCCUUAUUCUAAUUAGAGACGUUGACAGAGAGGCUCAGACAAACAAACAUAGCCCACAGGAACCAUCUGUGCCCGCAAGCACAGCUCUGAUGGUGGUUGAACCCAAUGAUGAAGUAACCCAUAAUGACAACGCAAACACUUGGUAGGCAACAGACACGUCCUGCAAUCUGGCCUCAACAUGGCAGGAGCUUCAUUGUGGUGUGUGUGUAUGUGUGUGUGUGUGUGCAUGCAUGUGUCCCAGGUGGAAGUUCCUGACAGAGAGACCAUUAAUGUGAGUCAGUCUCCCCUGCUAAGCUGUGUGCUAUCAGCUGAGUAAAGCCUACCAGUCCUGUAAGUCCUGGCUCCAAGCAGCCAUCCCGUGCCAGGCUGAGGAGGGUUGGGGCUCUCCUGUCCUGACUCAGCCUAGUACAGUAACACAGUCUACAGUAUGUCUGGACAACAGUGAUUCCGAUGGAACUUACUGUAUUCUCUAGCUGACUUCAUUGUACUUGAAUGUUAGCUGCACCUCUGUUCCUGAAAAUGGUGGCGUUGUUUACAGAGUUCAGGAAAUCCCAUAUUUACUGCUGUAUGAAUAUUGUUACUUCGUUAACACCUCUGCCAAGGCCAAUUAUCUCCCUGAUCCCUGCCUUACAUUCCAUUUAGAGAUGUUUUGGAUGUGAAUGAAAAUUUUAGCUAGUAAUAUAACUACAACUGUGACUUUGCAGGAGAGAUGUGUGGCUUCAUGAUAACCUCCAGAAUCUCACUGGGAGUUUAUACUGUUCUCACAUCUCCAGUGUUCCCACCGUCACAUCAGUCACAGGGCUGUGAGCUUCCUCCUCCAGACCUGCUUUUGCUUUUGGGGGAGAAUGUUCUGUGAGUUAUACUUCUGUGGCUUUCAAAUCAAAUACUUCUGAUUCCACUCAUAUUCUGUCACUUUUACGGCUCCUUAUCCUUUCAGCACUCAAUCUACCAAACACACACACGUACACAGAUACACACAAACAAACAAAUGCAUGCAGACAUGCACACCCACAACGACUUAAAGCACUUGCAAUUGAUUGAAAACCAAAAGUAUAAACAAUUGAAUCCAUGCUUUCAGCAACGGGAAGUAGAGGAGGACUUGGAAAACAACGCAGAAAGUAACUUUAAAAACCGAGUCGAUUCCGGAGGACAGAGAGAAUGCCUUCCUAGUGCUGAAUUAUACAUUAGGGAGUGGAGCAGCCUAUCUUUUGUACAUGACUGGUUUCUGGGAAAGAUAAUCCCUUUCUCACUGGACUGUGGCUGACUCUCUCCCCCAUGUAGAAUAUGGCUAAGUGGCAGGGUCUGAGUUUGUCUCACUCUGUGGACUGGAUGUGCCAUGAAGACCACAGUGGCCAGACCAGAUUGGCCAUUUCUUGUUUUUACACUAACAAUUGUAUUACAAUGCAUUUAGGGCCAGGAGUUUUUCCAGAUCAUGGGACCUGGCCAGAACAAAUCUGGGCCCUAGUUAUAAUCACAACUAAGGCCUAGUCUUUCCUGGUCAGAUCACACAGUCAGGAAAAACUUAAUGUAUACCAGAAAUCGUGGAGAACAUAUGACCUCCAUCACUGGGCUGGUCUGGUCUCUCCAACAGUGAGUCCAUGGGGAGCUCCAGGGAGAGAUCCAUUACAGCCUCGUCCACAUAGUUAGGAUUCCAGGGUGAGGUUAUCCUGAGAAACUGGGUUCCCUAUGGAGGAGCAACAUCUGCAUGUUGCCUUUUCCCCUACAUUUCCACCCACCAUUCCAAACAUAUGGGCAGUGCUCCUCUUGAGUAUUGUUCAUACAGCUUAGUGAUUACAGUAAUACUGAAUGUGUAAAGCCUUUCCUUCUUGUACACAACUAUUUCUGAAUGUAUCAGUAAUGCAUACUGUACUGUAUGGUGUCAGGCAACAGUAUGUGCCUCCUGCUGUGCUACUGGUGUAAAUAUCUCCCAGUGUUCCUCCCCCCUCCACGCUCACGGAGUCUCACAGUCACAUUCAGUGAGCCGUGCCUUAAGCGGAAAAGACAGAGGAGACAUGUCAUUUCCAACCCCCUUGCAGAAGAUAAGGCACUGACUGUCAUACGUCUUGCAGUUGAUUGGGGUUGAGAAACCCAGGUCAGAUCUAUCUCUCUCCCACACACACAUCACCCACCUAUUUACACCCCCCCACCUUUCUGCACAUACUAUCUGUGUCCCCCUGAGAGACACUCAAUGUGACACACACACACACAACACACACACACAACACACUCACUCCGUCCUUGGAUCUCACCCACAGCUGGAGAGAAAUCAGAUCAGCAUGAGUGGGCACUCCAUGUUCCGUGAGAGCACUCCUCUCUCUGCUGACGGAUGGAUGAGAGAGAAAGAGAGAGAGAGAGAGAGAGAGAGAGAGAGAGAGAGAGAGAGAGAGAGAGAGAGAGAGAGAAUGAUGGCUCAGUGACAGAGUGGGUACAGGUGAGGGACAUCCACACGCCAGCCUCAGUAUCUGUGCUUACAUUCCAUUUUGGUCCCGCUCCAAGACUCCACUCAGAGGAAAAGGGUUGCAGGGACUCUGGCUUAAGUGCUCGAUUUGUAGCUGUCGGAAGUACAUUGUGUUUUCCCCUCAGUCCAGAGAAGAUCACAGAGGACCCAGGUGUUUCUCUUUCCUCUAGCUCUCUCUUUCAGGACAGGUCUCUCAAAGGGCUGAGUUACAGUACAGUGUACAGGGACAUUUGAUGAAGGUCCGGUCCCCUGACGUCUUCCCAGGAAAUAUCUUUCUCUCGCUCUCUCUCUCUCGCUCUCUCUGCUAAGGUUUGUGGGCUCAUAUGAUAAGCAGCACACAUCACAUUUGCCGAUUCCCACGAGAAUACCAUGUGACAAAUGGUGUCUAGGAACAGCAGCUCGACUGCCAAAGCAACAACACACCCCCUCCCAAACCAUAGCUCAUCUCAUUCACCUCCAGACUGUACACACAAAGUGGUAUCCUCUCUCCAGGGUAGCAGCAGCAGCCAGUCGGACCCAGACAGACACAGAAAGGCUGGGGAGUCCUGGGGGGGGGGGGGGGGGGGGGGGGGCUCUGGGCUGGCUGGCGGUUGGCAGUGUGUGAGGUGUCCAUCAUCUGGACAAGGAGAGUCCCCCAGGUUGGCAGCGCCCUUGUGCUUCUUCUAAUGAACCUCUGCCUGUGGCACUCCAUCACCGUGACAAUGCCCACUAAUGACCCCGUGUUGGGUGUGAGAUGUCACAGCCCCCUCCCUCUCCAUCACAGCCCUGCCGUCAACACAAACCUCUACCAACACUCCCUCUAGAGCCGUCCGUCACCCUCACUACAACGCCCACCUGGGACUAACAAUAGCCCUGUGUGGCUGACUAUGGCUAUAUCACACUGUAGCUGUGCAGCCCUCAGACACCAUACAACCAUCCUCAAUCCUGUUCUCCUGAGUGGCGCAGUGGUCUAAGGCACUGCAUCGCAGUGCUAACUGUGCCACUAGAGAUCCUGGUUCGAAUCCAGGCUCUGUUGCAGCCGGCUGCGACCGGGAGACUCAUGGACGGCGCACAAUUGGUCUAGGGUAGGGGAGGGAAUGGCCGGCAGGGAUGUAGCUCAGUUGAUAGAGCAUGGUGUUUGCAACGCCAGGGUUGUGGGUUUGAUUCCCACGGCGGUCAGUAUAAAAAAAAAAUGUAUUCACUAACUGUAAGUCGCUCUGGAUAAGAGUGUCUGCUAAAAUGUAAAUGUUAACCACUUAUGCUAUAUAGUAUCAAUCUGAGUUGGACAGAACUGUACUUAAAAUAUAGUCACCCGUGCCUCUUGAAUACCAUUCUCCAUAGUAGGCUAUUUAUACCAAUCAUGUGUAUAGAAUAUCUGUUCAUUGACAGAUAUAAGGUCAAUAUCUGAGGUUGAAUUAUAACCUGUAUAAUUAUAAUACUGUAUAAUCUCUUCUUCUCCCAUGAAAUGGCUGUCAUUGGCUGUAAAUCAUUAUAGAUCUCUAAUUGCUUAUCACAUCUGCAACUUCAAACAAGCAGCCAUCUCCCAGAGUGAGCUUUGAUGUGAGUAGUGUGUGUGUGCGUAUGCAGCCGUUCUGACAGUUGUUGGAGUUUAACUCAAAGGGCAUCUUCCAGCUCUUUUUAUGUCAACACUUUAAGUGUGUUUAAAGAGAUGACAGGAUGAGAUACUGUAGUACACUCUAUAAUACACUCUGUAGUACACUCUGUAGUAAUACUCUGUAGUGUAGUACACUCUGUACUGUUGUACACUCUGUUGUACACUCUGUAAUACACUCUGGACCAGUGUCAUGUCAGUGAUCAAAGCUGUGACAGGUUGGUUUACAGCGUUGUAUUUACAGUUGAUGAUGAUAACAUAGGACUGGAGUAAAAACAGAUGGGGAAAGGCAAAGUGUGAAGCUAAUACAUCUUCUGAGACCAGCUCUGCCCUCCCACUCUUACUGAUCCAUAGUCCUAUCCACAGCCUCUGUGUUACUCCCUCUCCUCCUACACCUUAUCCCUGUGUGUGAGGUUGCUGCUCCAGGAAUCAAUCAUUCCUUUAAUUUCAGUCAGCCUUAUUACUGUUGGGAGCUCAGCAACUCAGCAUCAAAGGCUGUUAUGUGCUCUCCCAUCUCCCAGUUCCUCUCUGCUCUCUUACUUAGGGUUUUAGAAAAUAAUUAAAUAAGAAUUAUGUAGUAUUAUGUAGUAAUCAUCUCUAGUGCAGAUAUUGCAAACAGGCAGUUUUCCGGUCACCUCUGUGGAAGGUGUAUAAUAAUAUGACAGGACAACACCCAAAGGACUCAGUACAUGGCAGAAUACAGUAGUGUAGCAGUCUCUCCAUGAUAAGCCUCUGCACUGCUUUGAUAUAUGACUGAUCUAGGAGCUGGCAUCACAUCACACUCUCUCAUCCACUGUCGCACAGCUAGGGAAAUUGCAAAUCAGUUCUGCGGUUUCGCCAAAUAUGUGUGGAAUAACUUUUAAUAAUUGAGUUUAAUUUAUAUGAUUUGCUCAGAUGAGCAGUUUUCUGGACUGCUACAGUAGGAGUAAAGUAACUAUAACUCUCCUCUGUGUUCUUGUGUUGUAGACCCAACAUGGACGAGGCAGAGAAGUACCAGCAGAGAGUGCAGGCUAUAGCGGUGAGUCUCAGGGCUUUAGUUCCACCUUAUGAAUUUAUUUGAACUUAUGCAUUGAUAAAGACGCACAACAAUGGUCAGAGCAGUGAGACAUUUACUCUGCAUCAAGUCAGUGAUCUGUAAAUAGUUACCCUUUUUUAACCUCACAUUCUGCAGAAGUCAACACAAUUAAAGGCAUUCUAACAUUAGGCAUACAACACACACACAGAGCACAUUGACAUUUACUAUACAUUAUGCUUAUAUGAUGGAUAUUUGCCCCAGCCCUGUACAUGCACACAUAUACAUACACGUCACAUGCCUGCUCUCCCCCAGGUCUGUCCAUGUGUUUGAAUAAUUCAGUUGGGUUGUGCUGCAUGGCGUUUGCUUCAGGGCCACUAUUGACCUCAUCAGCAGGGUUAAACACUACAGGGACCUUGAGCAUUAGGAGACAGUAGAAAUACACACACACACACACACACACACACACACACACACACACACACACACACACAUACACACACACCAUGCCUUCUCUCCAUGCUUUAUCCUGUCUUUCUUUGAUGCAGUGGGGUCUAGCCAACUCCCACAUGUUAUGCCCCAACACAGUUCUUACUGAAUUAGGUUAGACCAAAAUCGUUUAAAUUCUGAUCUAAAUUAGCCCUUCUGUUUAGCAUAAUCUAAUUGCAGUUGCUGUUGAAAGGAGGGAUGUCGGGGAAACUAUUUGACAAUUCCAAAGGGAUAGUAGUGGUGGUUUCCGGUCUCAUGCCUGGAUUGGUGCUAAUGUAUGGGAGUGAGCCGCUCCUCCUUACGGAGCAUGAAUGUGCAGGAUGUGUGAUAUGUGUGUUACUGUCAGACUAGCUCAUGAAGAUGGAGUGCUGGCAUGCCCACGUGCUCCUAGCCUUGCCCCUUCAUCUCCGUUUCUCUGCACUUUGACCUUAAAGAACCAGCUGUUCCACAGGUCAACAGCAGAUAUGACUAAGGGGCUUGUCACUGUAAUCUACUGUCACAGCUUUGUCACUCUCUUUCUCUUCUUCUCCCUUCACCAGGACAAGCGACGUAAGCAGCAGGAGGACGAGAAAGCAAGGAGAGAGAUGGAGGAGGAGUGGCUGAUGCAGGCCCAGCGCAAGGUCUGUCUGGAUCUGUCUGUCUGUGCUUCCCUGUUGUCCUGUUGCCAGGGAGCCACAUGGCUGGCAGCUGGUUCACAUGCCCAGGGUGGAGCCCUCCUGUGUGAUGAUCAACACAAUUAGCUCCAUAACACCACCAGACAACAUCCCCAACACCAUGAGGCGUCCUGAGGCAUACUGUUGAGCUCCACUCUAUUCCUCUAAAACAGUAUUUUCUUCCUUCUUCCUGUUCACCUCUCUUCUGCUCAUAAUCUUACCAUGACCUCUGUAACUGAGAGAAACUGAAAUGAUGAGGUGGUUGUAGAGAAAGAGGGAGGGAGUGAGAGAGAGAGAACUGUGCAUUGUGUUGAUCUUUGUCAGUAACUCUCUCCUCCACUGGGACCACCAGCACUGAUCCCAUUAACUUCUUCACGUCUGAUCAGUGGUGGAGUGACUAGAACCGCUCCAUCAACACAUAACACUCAGGCAGCCGCCCACACAAACAGUCUACUCUACAUUACUGGGUUUGCCUGAGGAUGUGUGCUGUGCUGGUGGCACCAGACAUACACAUGGCAGAGGAAUGAGAGUUGUCUGAAGCCACGGGGCUUCCUUCUUCCUCCUCAGUGUGAAGUGUGAGAACAGUCUCUUGUUCCCACUUGCCCAGCAGUUAUGGCAUUUACAUUUUAAAUUUUUUUGUCAUUUAGCAGACGCUCUUAUCCAGAGCGACUUACAGUUAGUGAAUGCAUACAUGUUUUUUUUGUUGUUGUUUUUUAUACUGGCCCCCCCGUGGGAAACGAACCCACAUCCCUGCCGGCCAAACCCUCCCCUACCUUGGACGAUGCUGGACCAAUUGUGCACCGCCCAUGGGUCUCCCGGUCGCAGGCCGGCUGCGACAGAGCCUGGACUCGAACCAGGAUCUUUAGUGGCACAGCUAGCACUGCGAUGCAGUGCCUUAGACCACUGCGCCACUCGGUAUUCACAGCUCACUUCCCCUCCUGUCUUACAUUAUUAGCUGACCCUGAGCACAGUAAGAGACUAGCCCGCAUGGAGCGGUCACAUAAGUUCCAUCCAAAAGGUUUUUGUCCUGGCAAAUAGUUGUGAACAAGGCCCACUUAGUGUCACCACCACUCCAAUAUACUGUUGUGUCAUUGUCACCACUGUCUGUCUGUUGUUGUGGCUCGGCUUCCUCUCACACUUCCCACGUCAUUGUAUGGCUAAUUGAUGAGGCUUGGAGCCAGGUAGGACUAUGUUCACCCCUCGGCUUGGUGUUGUCAUACCCGAGUUGGAAUGACAGGAGGACCCCUCCUUAAAGUCACUCCUUUACUGUACCUCUGGGCUCUGGAAGGUUUCUACUUCAAAGGUUGAAAGGGAACUCACUGAGUCGCAGCCAAUGCAGGUUGGUCCAUUUACAAACACUCUCAAAAUGUACAUGGUCAGGUUGAUUAUUGUCAGUCUCAAUCAGACCCCUUGUGAUCAAGCCUUCACCCAGGUUCGAGGAUGUGUGGCUCUCUGAGCCCUCCCUGUGAGGGAGCCGGAGUUGGGGGCAAUUUCUCCCUCUCAGACAGACAACACCAGGCUCUUGGCCUCACUCAUCUUGCUGGUGAUCCAAAAUGGCAGCCAGAGCUCUGUACCUAGCGGCUGUUUGUUUUGGUUACUGCAUACUGGAUGACCGUUUCAGUAUUCAUAGAGACAGAAGGCUUUUGUUGUUUUUUGCUUUUUCUGCUAUGGGGAAUUUGGGAGAAUAGGCUUGUUUUGAAAGGAUGAGCUGGCAGGUGGGGGAGCUGCAUGCUGCGAGAUAUGGCUCAGAGCGUAGGCCGUUCCAUGCAUAUGCUAACGGCACAGGACACAGCAGACCCUAGUCAUAGUCACCAACCCUCUCUCUCUCUCCAUCCCUCUCUCUCUCUCCAUCCCUCUCACUCUCUCUCCAUCCCUCUCGCUCACCCUCUCUCUCUCAUCCCUCUCUCUCCCUCUCUCCAUCCCUCUCCCUCUCUCCAUCCGUCUCUCUCGCUCUCUCUCUCUCCAUCCCUCUCUCUCUCUCUCCAUCCCUCUCACUCACUCUCUCUCCAUCCCUCUCCAUCCCUCUCUCUCUCCAUAUCUCUCCUCACAGCGGAAGUCCUUGAGAGACCAGUGGCUGAGUGAGAACCCUCAGCCUGCCCCUGAACGCAGUGCUGAGGACUACACAGAGGAGUGAGACACCCACGGCACACCCACACCCCACACACACACACACACACACACACACACACAAGCUAUCACUACCCAUGCCUGUUGGCUGAGGGAGUUAAUAUGCUCAGAUGUUUAUAUAUCUCUUACAUAAAGCAUUUGAUACGUACCCUCCCCUGAACUGUAGUCAUGUCUCUGCAUGUAUGAAUUGUAUGUGUGAAUGAGUUUGUAUGUUAAUGUGUUGGUUUCAUGUGUCAUGGGGUGUUAAGGUCAUCAUUGUGUGUAUGUAUGUGUAUUAGGUUGCCAACUGAAGAGGAUAUAGUGGAGGUCAUUGAAUCCACAAGCUACACAGUCACCAAUGCCCAGAACCACAGCCAGGCAAGUGGAGAAAGCAGAGAAAUUCUGAGAACCUGAAGUUCAAUAUGAUUUCUAAUAUACUCAAAUCAACUAAAAUAACUCUGUUCCAUAUUAAAUAGCUUAUCAGAUUUUCCCCAAUAUAUACUGAACAAAAAUGUAAACGCAACAUAGAAAGUGAGCAUUUCUCACAGGUGCACCUUGUGCUGGGGACAAGAAAAGGCCACUCUAAAAUGUGCAGUUUUGUCACACAACACAAUGCCACAGAUGCCUCAAGUUUUGAGGGAGCAUACAAUUGGUAUGCUGACUGCAAGAAUGUCCACCAGAGCUGUUGCCGGAUAAUUGAAUGUUCAUUUCAUCAUAAGCCGCCUCCAUCAUCGUUUUAGAGAAUUUGGUAGUACAUUCAACCGGCCUCACAACCGCAGACCACGCGUAACCACGCCAGUCCAGGACCUCCACAUCCGACUCGUCACCUGCAGGAUCGUCUGAGGAGUAUUUGAGGAGUAUUUAUGUCUGUAAUAAAGCCCUUUUGUGAGGAAAAACUAAUUCUGAUUGGCUGGGCCUGGCUCCCCAGUGGGUGGACCUGGCUCCGAAGUGGGUGGGCCCCAUUUGGGAAAUCCAUAGAUUAGGGCCUAAUUACUUUAUUUCAAUUGACGGAUUUCCUUCUAUGAACUGUAACUCAGUAAAAUCUUUUGAAAUUAUUGCAUGUUGUGUUUAUAUUUUUGUUCAGUAUCCUUUUUUUUACCCCAAUGGUCUGUUUAACUCAAUAGUCUCAAUGUUUUAACAUCAAUAACAGUUAAUUCCGUUUGAAUGUAAUAUAAAUAACAUCUACAGCAGUUCAACAGAGAAUUAAUAUUCAGCAGACACCACUCUUCUCUAUAGUAAAGUAUCCACUUGGUCAUACAGUUAUGACCUUUUCAACAGAUUUGUUUUUGCCUCCCUUUGGAAAUCAAACCACAUUAAGUUGCAAGUGCCAAUCCCCUGUUAGUUGGAGUGUAUGUAGUACGCUACCCUAUGGAAAACUCUUAACUCUUUGACAUUUAGUGACAUUAUAGCCCUACACAUUAGGGGAGCCCUAAAGGGUGUCUAUCUAUUGACUGACAGGACAUUGACCCCGUACCAACUGUGAACUCUACAGGAGAACAUACACUGAGUGUACAAAACAUUAGGAACAUCUUCAUCAGAACAUCCUCAAUUCGUCGGGCAUGGACUAAAAGGGGUCAAAAGCAUUCCACCAGUAGCGGUGCGUGGGUAAAAUCCCUGGGGAAGCCAAGCCAGAAAAAUGUCAUAUUAAAACGUAUGUGUUGUGAUAAUUGCGUUGUUUGCUCUAUAAGCUGUUAGUUCAUAUGCCUUGCUUCCGUGAUAUAUAUGUCACAAUAGCUGAUGUGGAUGCGGUGUAGGAGUCAGGCGCAGGACACAGAGGCUCAGUCAAAACGACUUUACUCAGACUGAAUAGAGAACAAAAUCAAACGGCCUCGAAAACACAGGAGGCAAAACGAUUACGCAACACAGUGCGUAAAAAAUACUCGUUCCACAAUAAGAACGUACAGGGACACCAACGGACAGGCGGACAAUCACACACAACUGCAAACAAAACUAAAGGAAACUUAUAGGUGACAUAAUCAAUACAUAAGACGAAACAGGUGCACCAACAAGACAAAACCAAACAAACAUAGAGAACAUCAAGCGGUAGCAGCUAGUACUCCGGGGAUGACGAACGCCGAAGCCUGCCCGAACAAGGAGGAGGAGCAGUCUUGGCGGAAUUCGUGACAGUACCCCCCCUUUGACGCGCGGCUCCAGCCGUGCGCUGACCCCGGCCUCGGGGACGGCCAGGAGGACGUGGAGCAGGGCGCGUAGGAUGACUACGGUGGAACUCAGUCAGGAGGGAUGGAUCUAAAACGUCCCUCCUAGGCACCCAGCACCGUUCCUCCGGACCGUACCCCUCCCACUCCACGAGAUAUUGUAGACCCCCCAUCCGACGUCUCGAAUCCACGAUGGACCGGACUGAGUACGCCGGAGCCCCCUCGAUGUCCAGUGGGGGCGGGGGAGUCUCUCUUAUCUCACUGUCCUGGAGUGGACCAGCUACCACCGGCCUGAGGAGAGACACAUGGAACGAGGGGUUAAUGUGAUAAUCAUUAGGCAGUUGUAACUUGUAGCAUACCUCGUUCAGUCUCCUCGGGACUUUAAAUGGCCCCACAAACCGCCGACCCAGCUUCCGGCAGGGCAGGCGAAGGGGCAGGUUUCGAGUCGAGAGCCAGACUCGAUCUCCAGGUGCGUAUACUGGACCCUCACUGCGGUGGAGAUCGGCGCUCGCCUUCUGCCGACGGAUGGCCCGCUGCAGAUGGACGUGUGCAGCGUUCCACGUCUCCUCCGAGCGCCGAAACCACUCAUCCACCGCAGGAGCCUCGAUCUGGCUCUGAUGCCAUGGUGCCAGAACCGGCUGAUACCCUAACACACACUGGAAAGGGGUCAGGUUAGUAGAGGAGUGGCGAAGAGAGUUCUGAGCCAUCUCUGCCCAGGGGAUAUACCCCGACCACUCCUCCUGCCGGCCCUGGCAAUAUGAUCUCAGAAACCUACCCACAUCCUGGUUCACUCUCUCCACCUGCCCAUUACUCUCAGGGUGGAACCCCAAGGUAAGGCAAACCGAGACCCCCAAACGUUCCAUGAACGCCCUCCAGACUCUAGAGGUGAAUUGGGGACCCCGAUCAGACACUAUAUCCUCGGGAACCCCGUAGUGCCGGAAGACGUGGGUAAACAAAGCCUCAGCAGUCUGUAGGGCAGUAGGGAGACCCGGCAUUGGGAUGAGACGACAGGCCUUAGAGAACCGAUCCACAACGACCAGAAUAGUGGUAUUCCCCUGAGAGGGGGGAAGGUCCGUUACAAAGUCCACCGAGAGGUGAGACCACGGCCGUUGUGGAACGGGCAGGGGUUGUAACUUCCCCCUGGGCAGGUGUCUAGGCGCCUUACACUGUGCGCACACCGAGCAGGAGGAGACAUAAACCCUCACGUCCCUAGCCAAUGUUGGCCACCAGUACUUAACACUAAGGCAGUGCACUGUCCGGCCAAUACCCGGAUGUCCAGAGGAGGGUGACGUAUGAGCCCAAUAAAUUAGACGAUCGUGGACCUCGAGCGGCACGUACGUCCGACCCACUGGACACUCUGGGGGAGUAGGGUCGGUGCGUAACGCCCGCUCAAUUUCCGCAUCGACCUCCCAUACCACCGGUGUCACCAGACAAGACUCCAGCAGUAUGGGAGUGGGCUCAAUGGACCUCUCCUCUGUGUCAUACCGCCUGGACAGGGCGUCUGCCUUACCGUUCUGGGACCCUGGGAUGUAGGUUAUCUUAAACACGAACCGGGUCAGAAACAUGUUCCACCUAGCCUGACGAGGGUUCAAUCUCCUAGCUGCCCGGAUGUACUCCAGGUUACGGUGAUCAGUCAGAAUGAGAAAAGGGUGUUGAGCCCCCUCAAGCCAAUGCCUCCACACCUUUAGAGCUUGAACCACGGCUAACAGCUCCCUGUCCCCUACGUCAUAAUUCCGUUCCGCCGGGCUGAGCUUCUUAGAAUAAAAAGCGCAGGGACGGAGCUUAGGAGGCGUGCCUGAGCGUUGCGACAGCACUGCCCCAAUACCGGCCUCUGACGCGUCCACCUCUACCUGGAACGGUAAAGCGGGGUCCGGAUGCGCCAGCACCGGAGCCGAAGUGAACAGGUCCUUCAGUUUACCAAACGCCCUGUCCGCUUCAGCCAACCACUGCAAACGCACCGGGCCCCCCUUCAACAGGGAAGUGAUGGGAGCUGCUACCUGUCCAAAACCCCGGAUAAACCUCCGGUAGUAAUUAGCAAAACCCCAAAACCGCUGCACCUCUUUAACGGUGGUUGGAGUCUGCCAAUUAUGCACGGCUGACACACGGUCAACCUCCAUCUUCACCCCUGACGCGGACAACCGAUGACCCAAGAAGGAGAUGGACUCCUGGAAAAACAGAAAUUUCUCUGCCUUGACGUACAAGUCAUGCUCCAACAGCCUACCCAACACUCGGCGCACCAGGGCUACAUGCUCGGCUCGUGUAGAAGAGUACACUAAGAUGUCGUCAAUGUACACUACCACACCCUGCCCAUGCAGGUCCUGGAAGAUCUCGUCCACAAAGGAUUGGAAGACCGAAGGAGCAUUCAUUAACCCGUAUGGCAUGACGAGAUACUCAUAAUGACCCGAGGUGGUACUAAAUGCUGUCUUCCAUUCAUCUCCCUCCCUAAUGCGCACCAAGUUGUAGGCGCUCCUGAGGUCCAGUUUUGUGAAGAAACGCGCUCCGCGUAAUGAUUCAGUCAUAGUCGCAAUCAGAGGAAGAGGGUAACUGUAUUUAACAGUGAUCUGAUUGAGACUACGGUAAUCAAUACACGGGCGCAACCCUCCAUCCUUCAAAAGACUUUAGUAAUGCACACUCAAAACACGAUCCAACAGCCCGGAGGCGAGAAAAUGCGCACACAGGCGUAAACAAAAGGGCGCACUAAACAUGUGCGAAAAAUACUCUCCUACACAAAGGAGGCAAGCUACAAUAGCGCACUGUAAAUAGUAGCGCACCAACACGACAGCGAAAACAAUCACACACAACACCUGACAAACACAACGAGAACUUAUAGGACACUAAUGACGCUAAACGACAACAGGUGUACAUAAUCCAGACAAAACCAAACGAACAUAGAAACAUACAACGGUGGCAGCUAGUAUUCCGGAGACGAUGAACGCCGAAGCCUGCCCGAGCAAGGAAGAGAGGCAGCCUCGGCCGAAACCGUGACAGCAACACAGUGCGUAAAAUACUCGUUCCACAAUAAGAACGUACAGGGACACCAACGGACAGGCGGACAAUCACACACAACUGCAAACAAAACUAAAGGAAACUUAUAGGUGACAUAAUCAAUACAUAAGACGAAACAGGUGCACCAACAAGACAAAACCAAACAAACAUAGAGAACAUCAAGCGGUAGCAGCUAGUACUCCGGGGACGACGAACGCCGAAGCCUGCCCGAACAAGGAGGAGGAGCAGUCUCGGCGGAAUUCGUGACAAUAUAUGCCUAAGGCCGAGACAAUAAGAAGACACAGUGGCAGAAUAAAUUAAAUCACACCUUUGUUUCAUCACAAAACCGGAGAGCAACAUCUGUCCGGUGGAGUCCACAAAGCAUAUUGCAUGUAACAAACAGUUACAUGACUUACAGCAUGGUCAAGCAAGUUAAUGUUUCCGACAUUUUCGGACUACUAAACAACUGUUGAUUUAGAACACCGGAGUGUUACUGCAAGUCGCAAAUAAAACAGGAGCUGCCUCCACUAUUCCAGUACCAUUUCAACUUCAACAUUUCAACAUCAAAUCACCUAUGCUUAGUCUAAUACAGUAACAACUAAAAGAUACCAAAAACAAUUUAGUUCAAUCAACGUACGCUAAACAUGAUGUGGCUGCCCAUGGUACUGAUGUGUGUGUGUGUGUGUGUGCAUAAGUGGAAAAAAAACAUGUUGACUCGCCCUACUUGUAGAGAAACGCAAUUCUCCUCUCUUUCAUGUUGCAGAAACAGUCUACGACUUGUCAUACAGUACACACUUUUAGUUUUUGUUGUCCUAGGCUACCUGGCUAAAAUGUUUGCUCGCUAGCCAACUUCCUUUCAUAGGCAAUGAUGUGCCAGCUAGUUAACGUUAGUCUACUACAGUGCCUUGCAAAAGUAUUCAUCCCCCUUGGCGUUUUUGCUAUUAUGUUGCAUUACAACCUGUAAUUUAAAUUGAUUUUUAUUUGGAUUUCAUGUAAUGGACAUACACAAAAUAGUCAAAAUGUGUAGGGUGAAAUGAAAAAAAUAACUUGUUUCAAAAAAGUCUAAAACAUUAAUAACGGAAAAGUGCAACCUAUUACCUUUAGAAGUCACAUAAUUAGUUAAAUAAAGUCCACCUGUGUGCAAUCUAAGUGUCACAUGAUCUCAGUAUAUAUACACCUGUUCUGAAAAGCCCCAGAGUCUGCAACACCACUAAGCAAGGGGCACCACCAAGCAAGCGGCACCGUGAAGACCAAGGAGCUCUCCAAACAGGUCAGGGACAAAGUUGUGGAGAAGGACAGAUCAGUGUUGGGUUAUAAAAAAAUAUCCGGAACUUUGAACAUCCCACGGAGCACCAUUAAAUCCAUUAUAAAAAAAUGGAAAGAAUAUGGCAUCACAACAAACCUGCCAAGAGAGGGCCGCCCACCAAAACUCAUGGACCAGGCAAGGAGGGCAUUAAUCAGAGAGGCAACAAAGAGACCAAAGAUAACCCUGAAGGAGCUGCAAAGCUCCACAGCGGAGAUUGGAGUAUCUGUCCAUAGGACCACUUUAAGCCGUAUACUCCACAGACCUGGGCUUUACGGAAGAGUGGUCAGAAAAAAGCCAUUGCUUAAAGAAAAAAAUAAGCAAACAAGGCAUGUGGUAGACUCCCCAAACAUAUGGAAGAAGGUACUCUGGUCAGAUGAGACUAAAAUUGGUGGUGGCAGCAUCAUGCUGUGGGGAUGUUUUUCAUCGGCAGGGACUGGAAAACUGGUCGGAAUUGAAGGAAUGAUGGAUGGCGCUAAAUACAGGGAAAUUCUUGAGGGAAACCUAUUUCAGUCUUCCAGAGAUUUAAGACUGGGACAGAGGUUCACCUUCCAGCAGGACAAUGACCCUAAGCAUACUGCUAAAGCAACACUUGAGUGGUUUAAGGGGAAACAUUUAAAUGUCUUGGAAUGGCCUAGCCCAGACUACAAUCCAAUUGAGAAUCUGUGGUAUGAUUUAAAGAUUGCUGUACACCAGCGGAACCCAUCCAACUUGAAGGAGUUGGAGCAGUUUUGCCUUGAAGAAUGGGCAAAAAUCCCAGUGGCUAGAUGUGCCAAGCUUAUAGAGACAUACCCCAAUAGACUUGCAGCUGUAAUUGCUGCAAAAGGUGGCUCUACAGUGUAUUGACUUGGGGGGGUGAAUAGUUAUGCACGCUCAAGUUUUCUGUUUUUUUAAUUUUUUUCUGUAGCUCAGCUGGUAGAGCACGGCGCUUGUAACGCCAAGGUAGUGGGUUCGAUCCCCGGGACCACCCAUACACACAAAAAAAUGUAUGCACGCAUGACUGUAAGUCGCUUUGGAUAAAAGCGUCUGCUAAAUGGCAUAUUAUUUGUCUUAUUUCUUGUUUGUUUCACAAUAAAAAAAUAUUUUGCAUCUUCAAAGUGGUAGGCAUGUUGUGUAAAUCAAAUGAUACAAACCCCAAAAAAAUCCAUUUAAAUUCCAGGUUGUAAGGCAACAAAAUAGGAAAAAUGCCAAGGGGGGUGAAUACUUUCCCAAGCCGCUGUACAUCUAGCUACAUAUUGAACUUCCAUCCUUUCAGGCCAGAGGCACAAUGUAUGAAUUUAUGGUUGGAUCAAAAUUGCCGUUAUAAUCAUUGUCCAGUAUGGAGAAUUAAGUAAAACCACAUGUCCAAAUCCCUAUCUCCAUUCAUGGCUUAUUUAGAAAAGGUGACAUCAAUAAGGGAUCAUAGCUUUCACCUGGAUUCACCUAGUCAGUCUGUCAUGGAAAAAGCAGGUGUUCCUAAUGUUUUGUACACUUAGUGUAUAUAAUAUAUUGGUCCAUUACGUGAACUUUUACAUUCAGGUUCAUGUAUGGUCCAUAUUUAGCUCACACUUGGUAAGGACAGUCAGUGUGGUAUUCAUCUCUAACGCUUCUCUAAUGAUUACUGUGACAUAUUUAUGGCAGUGCGCCGGGCCUGGGAGAGAUCAGGGAUGAAGAGUAAAGUGUUUGGGGGAGACAGUGACUGUAGGACCGAUUGGACCUGGGGUUCCACUUAAAAUGGUCUCCUCUGUUUCCCCAUAGGCUGACAUUGAAGAGGGUGGGAUACAAGGUAAGCUUCACCUACAUGGUCCUUUAUCCCUAGGCCUGGAUAUCUCUUUCAUUCUCACUUUCUCUUAGAUCAUCCUGCAUGUGACUGUUCUUUCAUCUCUUUCUGACUGACACUAAUGUAAUCAGUGUGACAGAAUGAAGCCACAGCUGUGAUUGUUUUAUCAUUUGUAUGAUAUAACUCAAACGCAUGAUUGUCGCACAGCAUAUUAGCCUUUGUAUAUGGAAAGAUGCAGUACAAUGGUUUUGUAUUAGCUCACUGUAUCUUUAUCCUUUAGACAUCAUCAAAGCUGCUGGGAGUCAGAUCCCUGGGCCAAUAAUGGAGAGGGUUCUCCGUGAGAAUGGACUGGAACGUCGAUCAGGUACUGUAUGGGGAGGAUUCCACCACAGAAAUGUGAUAGUGCUCAUCAUCAUCAUCCACACCAUUGAUUUGGGACAGGCCCAGUCAUAGUGAAAAUCUAUACAUACCUUCGCUAUGAGGGAAACCAUAUUUCUCUCCAUAUUUUUCUCAAUAUGUGUGUAUUUACUGAGUGGAGGGACCUUGACUUCCUGUUCCUGUGGCUGGGUUUUGCCUCCAGGGUAAGGCUUAACGAUGUGGCUGGCUGGGGUGAAGGGCUGGAGCAGAAUGCAGGCGAUAGUUAUAUUUAGCCCACUUUGUUUCUUUUGGUACAUUUCUGAUGCAUGCUGGGGGCUAUGGAGAGUGGAAAGUGUACUGGGUUGUACACUGUGAGGCUGCACAUUGACCCUGUGUUGUUUACUCAUGUUGUGCAGGCUGACAUUAGCAAAGAGGGCUCUGACAUAUGCCACAAAAAUGUGCCUCCUCGCCCUUCACCUUCUGGUAAUGUAGGCCUUGCUUUAGGGGAAAGGCUAUAUUGAUAGUAUUUGAGUAGUGGUAUGGGGAGAAUAUAACAUUAAUAUUUUAUGUUUAUGUAGCCCAGGUAAUCCAUGCUCUGACCAUGAUUCCAAAUAUAGUGACUUGACUGUUAUAUUGCCCUGGAUAAUUUCUCCCUCCUCUGUGUUGCAGUGCUGGGGAUGGUUGCGGUGCAGGUGGAGAGGGAUUCAAAGACAGGGGUCACCAAGGUCAGGUCUGUGGUGCCCAUGUCUGGAGCACCCGGGGCCUUGGGGGAGACAGUGUUCAAUGACAGCAGGAAGAGCGUCCACCACGUCGGCGGGGAAGAGGGGCAGCCUUCUGUUGAGGAGCUGGGACAGAUCCUCAGUGUCAUCAACGAUGUUGGGAUGCAAGUUCUGCUGGAUGAGGUCCCAGUUGUACCACAACAGAAGGCAGAGGAGGAGAUAAAGGUUGGUGGUGGGAUGGAAGAGGAAGUGGACAAUGUGGAGGACCCUGCCACACCAACAACCCUGGGCUACAAAGAGGAAGAGGAUGAGGUUGUGGGGCAUGGGGAUGAUGAGAUGGAUGAGGAGAUAGGAGUAGGUCAGAUAGACCUUGUCGAGGACGCUGUCACACUGACCUUCCUGGGCUACACUGAGGUAAAGGCAGAGAGCGAGGGUCUGGGCCAUGAGGAUGAUCGAGAGUUGGUGAAGGUGGAGCGGGUGAUCAUUUCUGACGCGGGUGAGGAGGAGAUUGUUCUUCAGUCUCCGGUUCUUGGGUCUGAGACUGAACCCUUCCUGGGCUACACUGAGCAAGAGGUUGAGGCUGUGGGGCAUGAGGAUGAUGAGGAGGACAUGAGUGGAUUGGUGGACUUUGUGGAAGGCUCUGUCCCACCUGCCAUCCUGGGCUACACUCAGGAAGAGGUUGAGGAUCUGGGACAUGAGGAUGAUCCCCCCAGACCAACCCCACGCUACAGAGCAGAGGAAACAGGAAAGAGGGCAUUCAAACACAAGACCAAGUGCUGCUCUAUCAUGUGAUGCUGCACACACUGGCGAAAAAAUUACACAGUAUCUCUCUCUCUCUCUCUC